AUGCCACCGAGCAACCAAUCUUUGUCGAGUAACGUGUCGGGCCCAACAACAGAAAGCAGCUCAUCAACGUCGGUUGGUAUUCCAAUACCUCAAAGAUCGGCCUCUCAUGAGCAAGUUGUUUUCUCUCCUUCCUCAACUCCACCACCCAUCUCUAAAUUAUCAAUCACCUCAUCAUUAAGUUAUCAAGCAUCGUCAGUACCAUCGCCCUCAGGAAGUAUCGGUUACCUCUCAAGCUCAUCACGGGAACCCUUCUCUCCGAAUUAUUGUGAUUAUCAAAAACUCGCAAAAAUCGGAAAGGGAUCGUUUGGUGAGGUUUUUAAAGCGAGGAAUAAGAGGACUGAUGUCAUAGUUGCAAUCAAGUCGAUAGAUUUAGAAAAAUCGGAAGAUGACAUUGAGGUCAUUCAAAAAGAAAUUCAUGUUUUGCUACAAUGCUCAUCACCUCAUGUAGUUUCUGUCUAUGGAAGCAUUGUUCAAGAUACCAAAUUAUUAAUUGUAAUGGAAUAUUUAAGCGGUGGAUCAGUAUUGGAUUUAAUGAAAGCCAAUGGUGGAAAGUUUGAAGAAAAAUACAUUGCAACGAUAGUGAGGGAGAUAUUGUAUGGUCUUGAGUAUCUUCAUGGAAUUGGCCUUAUCCAUAGAGAUAUCAAAGCAGCCAAUGUUUUAAUAAGCGAUGAAGGAGCGGUGAAGUUGGCUGACCUUGGAGUUGCUGGUCAGCUGUCAAGCACCGUCAACAAACGUCAUUCUUUUGUUGGAACCCCAUUUUGGAUGGCUCCUGAGGUCAUUAAACAAGCUGGAUAUACUGAAAAAGCAGAUAUUUGGUCACUAGGAAUUACGGCUAUUGAAAUGGCUAAAGGAUUCCCGCCUUAUUAUGGUGAUGAUCCAAUGAAGUCUCUCUUUUUAAUACCCAAGAACGAACCGCCAACAUUAGAGGGCCAGUUUUCAAAACCAUUCAAAGAGUUUGUGUCUCUUUGCUUGAAAAAAGAUCCAACAGAACGGCUGUCCGCUAAAGAAUUGCUCAAGCACAAAUUUAUUAAGACUGCAAAAAAAACCCGCAUUCUUAUUGAUUUGAUUGAAAAGAAACAUCUAUAUGAAAGUACUAAAAAAGAUGCAAAUAGUUCAUUCUCGACAAGUGGCUCAGAUUCAUAUACAUCAUCUAAUGAGGAUGAGAGUGAAAGUAAUAGUUAUUGGGAUUUCAAAAGUACAGUCAGACGAAAAAAGAAGAAUUCUGUCAAUACUUUAACAAAUAUUCAAAUAGAUUUCUCAAAAGACUGUCUUGACUCGUCAAGCAUGACUGGUCUUGAGAAAACGAACGACUACAUUAACGAUGCAAGUGAUGGGAGCCCAGUAGAUCAUAAUGAUGAGAUUAGCAGCCCUUCAAGCAGCGACAACGAAUAUCGUACCCUAAAAAUUAUUUCUCCCAGAGAAACCAACCCUUUAUCUCAAGUGGAGUUCAUUCGAAAGUCUACAGAACCAACCCAUGCUGCUCCACUUCCUUCAUCGAAUAGUGAGAACACUGAAGAUGCCUCAAACACGGCUACACCAGAAAGUUUGACUCCCAUGACCAUUAACAUAAAGGAGGACAGGUUGGAAAAAGACAAACAAGCCACAAUGCAGCACAAAGAAAAUACUCUCAAUAAGAACAUUUACAUGAACAUCAUUGAGGCUAGCUUGUCGGGACAUGUUGCCAGCACUACACAAGACUUGGACAAAAAACUCAAGCAAAUCGAAGAUUUAAAACAACUGUUCCGUGACACAGAAAGCACCAUCCCUGGUUUUGCAAAAAUGUUUGUGCAAGGCUGUGUGGAAAAUCAUUACAACCAAAUGAACUGCUCAAUCUCGCCUCUCAUUAUGAAGAAGGUCACUCAACCUAAAACAGUUUGUUUCAGCGAUGAAGUCACCACAGACAACGCAGCAAGCAGUGUUCAAACGGCUUCUGUGCAAUUCAAACUCGCAAAUAAUUUGUCCAGAAGAUGGAGAGAGCAAGUAAUAAAACAAAAAUCUUUUCUGUAG